GUCGACAUUUCUAAAAUAUUGAGUAAUAAGUAAGCAAAACCACCACUUGGAAAAAUAAGCUAGAUAUGCCGGCCACGGUGAAAGUGCACCUGUUUGGAAAAACUGGAUGGAUUGGCAGCCAGUUGCUGAGACUGAUGGUGGAAAAGCCCUAUGAGGUCACGUGUUCAGACUCCCGGAUGGAAGAGCGAGAACAAGUAGAACGAGAACUGGAUGCCGUUCAACCCAAAUACGUCAUCAUAGCAGCAGGCUUGACCGGGCGCCCCAACGUUGACUGGUGCGACAGUAAUCAGCAGGAGACUAUCCGAGCAAACGUCAUCGGUCUGUUAACGGUAGUUGACCUUUGCGCCACCAGGGGGAUCCACGUGACUUACUUCGGCACCGGGUGCAUUUACGAAUACGAUGAGAACCACCCCAUCGGUGGAAGGGGGUUCACUGAAGAAGACGCUCCCAAUUUUACCGGGUCGUUUUACUCAAAGACAAAGGGAAUGGUAGAGAGUUUGCUACACUCUUACUCCAAUGUCCUUACCCUUCGUGUGCGCAUGCCCAUUUCCGACGAUCUCCACCCGAGGAACUUCAUCACGAAAAUAACCAAUUACCCGAAGAUCUGCGACGUUCCGAAUGCAGUGAGCGUACUUCACGAUCUACUUCCGCUCACUUUCGUGAUGAUGGAGAAAGGACUGACAGGUGUCUACAACUUUGUCAACCCUGGUGUCAUCAGUCACUCAGAAAUCCUGGCGCUGUACAAAAGCCUCAUUGACCCUAACCAUACCUACCAGCUCGUCAAUAAGGAAGUCCUCAAGACCCUGAUAAAGGCCGGUCGGUCAGACAACUGCCUUGAUACAACCAAACUGGAGUCGGCCCUGCCCGAGUGCCAAAUCCCGCACAUUAGCGUUUCCAUCCAAGACGUCUUCACCAGAAUGAAGAAGAACGUCCGGAAAAACAUACUGCUGACAGGCGGCGCUGGCUUCAUUGGGUCGCACGUGGCUAACUUCCUUGUGGAGCGGUACAGCUUUUACCACGUGGUUGUUGUGGAUAAGAUCACGUAUUGCUCCAAUGAGAAGAACCUUGAUCCCUCUGCGAACAAACCCAAUUUUGUUUUCAUCAAAGCCGAUAUCUCCGAUGCCGAGAAGAUGAAAGAGAUUUUCGAGACCUACCAGAUCGACACAGUGAUGCAUUUUGCAGCGGAGACCCUGGUUGACAACUCGUUCAAUAAUUCCAACGCCUUUACCAAUUCUAACGUCAUUGGAACUCACACGUUGCUCCACUGCGCCAGACAUUUUGGCGUGGAGCUCUUCCUUCACGUCAGCACGGAUGAGGUGUAUGGCGAAGUGAAAGACGGAAUUCCACGCAAGGAGACCGCCACCCUUACCCCGACCAACCCGUACUCGGCGUCCAAGGCGGCGGCUGAGAUGUUGGUCCAGUCUUACCAUCACUCCUUCCACGUCCCCGUCAUCAUCACGCGCAGCAACAACGUGUACGGGCCGGCGCAGUACCCAGAAAAGGUCAUUCCAUCGUUUCUUGGAAACAUCAGAGCAGGCAAAACGUGUCCAAUCUACGGCCACGGCCAACAUUUGCGCAACUUCCUCUACGUGGGAGACGCCGUUGAAGCGUUUGACCUCCUUCUCCAUAAGGGUAUCAUUGGACAAACGUACAACAUCGGCGUUAACAACGAGCAUACUGUGAUGUCCAUCGCCAAGCAACUGCACGAGAUCUUGGGAAAGCCAAUGAAUAUCGAACACGUCAAGGAUCGUCCCUAUAACGACACACGCUACGUCAUUGAUUCCACAAAGCUCCAUUUACUGGGUUGGAAACCCAAGACAAGCUGGAAAGAAGGUCUGAAGAAAACUAUAGAAUGGUACCUAAAACACGGUGAAUAUUAUUGGGGAUAACUGUCCUAGGUUAUCUUGUGGUAGUGGGUUAUUAUCAAAGACCCAACUACCAUGACUAUGGAUAAAUUUGAAGAAGACCACGCAUAUCA